AGAACGCCUAGAUCUUGCGGAAGCGCACUUUCAGCAAAAUUUCGGAGAACCCGCUCCGGAUACCGUUUCUUGGGCACAUUUAACUUUUAUGUAGAUUCCAGGGAUUUGUUGCCAUUUCCCCAUCCUGCCCCUUUCACAUUCUAGCUGCCGCUUCCCAUUCUGCCCCAUGUGCACAGGUUCUGCGGUGAAGAGGUGUGUCGUUGGUAGCAGCUAGAGAGUCGAUUCCUUCUACGUGCAAGCAUAGGAAAGGAAAGAGCAAGGUACCAGCUUGCUUGUUUGGUGCGAGGCGAACGAAGGCCGCGCACUUUGACCUGCGGGCUAGCGUGCUAAAGAUGGGGCAUCAGGAUGUUGACACUCUUUCUGCAGAAUGGAAGGAGUUGACGCAGCCACAGGGUGCUCCGCUGGCACGCAGCUCGCAUGCUGUUGCAGUGAUUGGAAGCAAGGCCUAUGUAUUUGGUGGCGAGCACAAGCCGCGGGUGCCGAUCGACAACUCCCUCCACGUCUUUGACCUCAACCAGCAGGCUUGGUAUGUGGAGAUAGCGAAGGGCACUGCCCCCCCGGCACGCCUGGGCGUCACACUGGUGGCUGUGGGCAAGACGCUGUUUAUCUUUGGAGGCCGGAACGGUGAUAAGAAUGAGCUGUCCAACCUGUAUGCUUUCAAUACUGCUGCUGGCGAGUGGCGGGACCUGACUGAUCUCCCAGGAGCGCCGGCGGGGCGGUCGUACCACGCCGCGGUGGCGGACGAAAAGCGCAAGUCCUUCUUCGUGUUUGGCGGGUGCGCGGCGGACGGGAGGCGCAACGACCUGUACGAGUUUGACACCAGGGCAGAGGCGUGGACGUCCUACCCGACGUCAGCGGAGCUUCUUCCGAGGGGCGGGCCGGGAUUGGCGGUGGUGAGAGAGAAGGUGUACGUUCUCUUUGGGUUUUCUGGUAAGGAGCAGGGCGACAUCCAUGCGUUCGACCUGAAGUCCCAGACGUGGCAGCAGCUGGAGACGAGUGGCGAAACGCCCACUCCUAGAAGCGUGCUCGGCGUAACGUCCUUCAAUGACCGAUACAUCGUGGCCUUCGGUGGAGAGUCCGAUCCGAGCGAUAAGGGCCACGAGGGCGCCGGCGCAUUUUCCGACGAAGUUUUCAUUCUUGACACCACGUCGCUGCGGUGGUCGAGACCUGAGUUGCGGACGGAGGUUGGUGCCAAGCCGCCCUGUGCGCGCGGCUGGUUUGCAUUCGCUCCAAUCGGAAGGUCCAUGUUUAUCUACGGCGGAAACUCAGAAACGAACGAGAGGCUUGAUGACUUACACCUCCUUACUGUCGGCACUGCGUAGCAUAUUCCAGCUAGGAACUGCCACCUUUUGAGUACCCGUGUAGCUUCCGAGGACUUUGCCUGCUCGCGAAUCUUUGAUUUGAACAACCUUCAUGCCCAUCCUGAUUCUCGAUGUAGAUGUUUGUAAUAGCAAGGCAAAAGAUGAAGAUUAGGAACGCGCAGACGUCAAUCUGGAGCUCAAUAUGAGCAUCCUCUAGUGUAGUGCUGCAGUGCAGCCGGUACGGUCAUUUCAAGCCUUCCAGAAGUGUCCAUCGUUGUGCUUGUUUGUCCCGACACGUAUACAUAUGCGAAGCAGGGGGAAGGAAGGAGGAGGGAGAAGGAGCGGGGGGGAGGAUGGGGAAGGGAUGGGGAAAGAGGGAUGAGAAGCGGAAGGAGGAGGAGGGACCGGAGGGGCGAACGU